CCCUUCUUUUUUUUAUUACUUAAAAACAAAUCAAUCAAUAUGGUCAAGGCUGUUGCUGUCAUUCGUGGUGAUUCCCCCGUCAAGGGCACCGUUACUUUCACCCAGGAGUCCGAGAAUGGUCCCACCACCGUUGAGGCCUCUGUCUCUGGUUUGACCGAGGGCAAGCACGGUUUCCACGUCCACGAGUUUGGUGACAACACCAACGGAUGCACUUCCGCUGGUGCUCACUUCAACCCCUAUGGCAAGACCCACGGUGCCCCCGAAGAUGAGGAGCGUCACGUUGGUGAUCUCGGUAACAUCCACGCCGGCAAGGACGGUUUGGCCACCUUCAAGAUCACCGACAAGCACAUCAAGCUUAUCGGUCCCCACUCCAUCAUUGGUCGCACCAUUGUUGUCCACGCUGCUGAGGACGAUCUUGGCAAGGGUGGCCACGAGCUCUCCAAGGCCACUGGUAACGCUGGUGACCGAUGGGCCUGCGGUGUCAUUGGUGUCUCCAAGUAAAUAACAAGACUUUAUUCCUCCAAUGUCCUUUAAGCCAAUCGAAAAAAAAAGAAGAUAAAAACAAGAAUAUGUUAUAAAGAGAAUGAAUAUCAAUUUUGAUCCUUUUAUAUUUUCUUUGCUUUAUUUGAUCUUUUUUUUUGUAUACAAUGCAUUAUUCAAUAUGUGGUCAAUAACUGUAAAUUUGAAGAAAGAUUUUUUUAAGAAAAAAAUGAUUGUUAAUUUUAUACCAAAAAUUACAAUUUUUUUUUUUUACUUUUUCUCUUUUUGCUUGUACAAACAAUAUUCUAUAUAAUAAAACAAUUUCUUUAAAAAAAUCAAA